AUGCUGCGUGCCGUCCUCGCUGCGACCGCUCGCGGGGCGAUGACGACAGCCGCCCCGCUGGUCGCUCGUACACCUAGCCUUGCACAGCCUGCCGUGCGCUGUUUCUCUGCCCUGCAAGCCAGCACUCCACGUGCUGCUCAGGGCUUUCCGGGCACUGUGGCACGUUUGCCGGGACUUGCACCAAGCCCAAGCACGACGGUCGCUUCGGCAAGCACCCCGGCUUCCGGACUGCAGCAAGUGCGAACCAUCACCUAUGGCCGCGAAUAUCAACCGAGCAACCUGAAACGCAAGCGCAAGCACGGGUUCUUGCGCCGUCUCCGCUACAAGGGUGGUCGGAAAGUCCUGCUUCGGCGCUUGCAGAAGGGCCGCAAGGUCCUGUCCCACUAA